AUGAAUAACAUAGAAAAUCUUAAUGCAAGUAAUGCGAAAACGAGCUCACAAUCGUCUCCGUCUUUGGAGACGUACUUGAUCUCUGCAUUGUUUGUGGUCAUUGCUGCCAUCUCAGUUUUUGGCAACAUUCUCAUUAUGAUGGCGAUCUUUAUUAACAGAAGAUUGCGAACGACAAGCAAUUAUUUGCUCGUUGCGCUGGCAGUACCGGAUUUCUUUCAGGGAGCUGUUUCCCUUCCUCUGAGGCUUGUAGAAGUGUUGGACACGAAAUCCGAUCAUGCGUCAUUCUGUCGCGUGGCAAUACCACUUUCGACUCUUUUCGGCGGCACUUCAAAUCUUCACAUCUUACUGAUAGCUACGGAGAGGUUUAUCGCCAUUUGCUGGCCAUUCUUCUACUGUAACUGGGUUACCACGAAAAACGCCUUAGUGGGCGUCGGCGGAACUUGGGUAUUUAUGACAAUUUUCUCGCUUUUGCCAAGUCUUGGAUGGGGUGGAAAACAACCUGAAGCCUCCGUCAAAUUUUGCCGAUUUCCAGUAUUUCUCACGCAAGAAUACAUAACAAGUCUGUAUGUAUUCGUUCAUGCUUUUCCUAUCAUAACUGUUAUCUUCCUCAACGUCUUUAUCUUGCGCGCCAGCUUUGACCACGCCCGACGAAUUUGCGUUCAAGUGGCGGCCAGCAACGCCAAUUCUCAAGUGGAACAGACUUCAACAUUUUACCCCGAACAAUCGGAAGAGGUGGGCAGAAGAAAAAGGGAAGCUUCAAGACAGAUGAAGGCAACAAAGAUUGUAGCUGCAGUCGUUGGAUCGUUCAUACUGAUGGUUGUUCCAAUCAUCACUAUCGAUGUUGUUGAAAUGAUGACUGGUGCUGUGGUACCAGGCUGGAUUGUGAAAGUCACUGUUCUGAUGAUCUAUGCCAACCACUGUGUUAAUGUUUUCGUAUACGCGGGCUUUAACAGUGAUUACAGAAACACUUUCAAGAAAAUCUUCAAGAGAGGAAUGAACAUUGUCAGACCGGAGAGAAGUUAG